AUGUCGACAGAGGUUGCAGGUGGGGCGUCGUCUCUGCUUGCGGCGACUUUAGAGUUGCCGCCCGUGAAUGGAGAGGUGGACGGGGAGGAGACAAAAAGUGUGGAGGUGGAAGAGUUACGGCAGGAGCCAGUGGAGGAGGUGGAGGUUGUGGAUUUUUUGGAGGAGGAGGAAGAGCAGCGGCAGCACCCGACACCGUGGGAACGUCUUUACGAAGAGGGUUUGAAAAGAGAGGCAAGACGGCAGGAGGUGUUCGAAAAGGCCACGGCGCAUCGGGUGGCAAGAGCCUUGUUCGAUCAGCAGUGCCUUACCGCGGGAAGGGGUAGCACGCACAGCUGGAAGAAGGACUUUGCUGAGCGACAGCAGCGAUGGUUGGAGGAAAAGGAGGAACGUGUCCGACAGUUGCGGGAACUGGCAGAGGUGGCUGAGCUAAGACGGCUGCAGCCGCCCGCCAUCAACGAGGUUUCCCAGCACAUGGCAGCGAGGGCGGGGCACGAAGGCCCGAUACGUGGGUGGGAGGCGCACUACGCUCGAUACGCCAUUCGAUUUGCCGGGAAUCCGUCCAUUCCAACGCAGAUGUUUCGGCCCAACAUUAACUUAAACGCCCGGCAUUCAGGGGAGAGUGACGUGGACAUCGGCGAGCGCCUUUACUCGGAGGAUAUGGAGCGGCGACGACGACUUCACGAGCUGACUAUAAUGUACCGACAAAAUGAACUCAUCGAUAGCUGCACAGGGAAGCCGUACUUUACGCCAUCUUCGCCAUGGAAGGCGGAGGCCGCACGGACGCGGAGGGGAGAGGCCCGCGCUCGCAGCGCUGCCAAGGCGGCGGAAAUGCUGUACACAAAAGCGCAGGAGCAGCGGGAGCGGCGCGGCAAGCUGGUGGAGCGCACACACGAUGAACACUCCUUCGCACCUGAGAUAUGUAGACUCUCACGUAAAAUGGCUGAAAGGCGAAAAAAGCGUGAAAACCGACAAGAAGAAGUUGCGCCGCAGCCUUCGGCACCACGCGAAAGAAUGUCCAGACUGAAGUUAGAAAUGUUUCUUUCGCGCGAGGAGGCUUGCCUAGCGCGGAGACGACAGAAACUGGAGGAGGCCGAGCGACAACGCCUCGAGAAACAGCAAGAGGAGUGCACAUUUGUCCCCCGCAUUAACAAGCGAAGUGUGGAGAUAUUUGAGGGGUCUCAGCAGCGCUACAGCAGUUUGUCACCGCCACUUGAGACGACACGCCUGGACGCCGUCGGUGCGACACCGCCAGCGGAAGACGCCGAAAUGUCUGGAGGAGAACAUCUCCUAAACGCGGUCAUGUCGCCGCUUCCGUACGACAACAGCUCGGCAUCCGCGUCUUUUUUGAGUAACCUGGGCAGCGACGGCUCUCAGCUGAUAAGUGAGUUUGAGCACAAAAUGAAGGAGCUUUUAAACGAGUGGCGAAGCCUUGAGCGUGUUUGA